AUCACAGGGAACUACCAAAGCGUCGGAUAAAAGAAGACGCUGAGCCACCAGCGGACAAGUCUGCAAGUGAUUAGCAGCCGCCGAACAUCUCCAGACUCAAAUGAUGGAGCUGCAUAUUAUCUACACACUGCUGCUAUUGGUAGCAGCUGCAGGAGCAGCACCUUACAGAACAGUGCCAGAUAGGACUACAUGCAUCAAAACUUACCAGAAGAUGGCAGCACUGCAAGCAUCCCAUAAUGGCAACCAAGAAGAUGACUUAUUCUGGCAGCAGAAUAGCCAGCAAUACAACUUUGAUCAAACACAACAGCAAAUUAGUAAAAAUUUACUCAUCUGUGAACAAUACUAUGGAAAAAUCUCGGAACAGUUUCACGAAGAGUACCAGAAUCAUCGCCGUGGUGAUAUUAUUCAGGAAACACAGGAACUCCACCGUUUAAACAAUGAAGCUCAACAAACACAUGAACAAAGAUCCACCAAUGGUGAUCAGGAUGAACAACACUAUCAACAAACUAGCCAGCAGGGUUAUCCCGCUCAACUAGAACAACAAAGGUUUACAGACGAUGAUCAGCAACUGCAACAGGUACCACAAAUAAAUGAGUUACAACAGAUCCACCAGACAAAUCAACAAGAGUAUCUGCCUAAUAUAGAACAAGAGGUGCAAAGCCAAAGAUUUACUGACAGUGAUCAAUAUCCACAAUUAGUGCAACAGGCAGAGGAUUUGGAUCAACAACAGCAGUUCCAACAAACUAGCCAGCAGGAUUAUCUUCCUCGACUGGAACAACAAUCAGGACGUCAGAGAUUUCCUGAUGACAGUCAGCAAGUGCAACAGGGGCCACAAACAGGUAACUUGCAAGAGCUAGAACAAAUCCAACAAACAAGUCAACAAGAGUACCUACCACAGACAGAACAACAGUCACAACAACAAAGAUUCACUAAUGAUGAUCAGCAUUUGCAACUAGUGCAACAGUCAGAUGACUUGGAUCAGCUACAACAGUUUCAUCAAACUAGCCAGCAGGAUUAUCUUCCUCGACUGGAACAACAAUCAGGACGUCAGAGAUUUACUGAUGACAGUCAGCAAGUACAACAGGGGCUACAAACAGGUAACUUGCAAGAGCUAGAACAAAUCCAGCAAACAAGUCAACAAGAGUACCUACCACAGACAGAACAACAGUCACAACAACAAAUAUUCACUAAUGAUGAUCAGCAUUUGCAACUAGUGCAACAGUCAGAUGACUUGGAUCAGCUGCAACAGGUUCAUCAGACUAGCCAGCAGGAUUAUCUUCCUCGACUGGAACAACAAUCAGGACAACAGAGAUUUACUGAUGACAGUCAGCAAGUGCAACAGGGGCUACAAACAGGUAACUUGCAAGAGCUAGAACAAAUCCAACAAACAACUCAACAAGAGUACCUACCACAGACAGAACAACAGUCACAACAACAAAGAUUCACUAACGAUGAUCAGCAUUUGCAACUAGUGCAACAGUCAGAUGACUUGGAUCAGCUACAACAGUUUCAUCAAACUAGCCAGCAGGAUUAUCUUCCUCGACUGGAACAACAAUCAGGGCGACAGAGAUUUCCUGAUGACAGUCAGCAAGUGCAACAGGGGCUACAAACAGGUAACUUGCAAGAGCUAGAACAAAUCCAACAAACAAGUCAACAAGAGUACCUACCACAGACAGAACAACAGUCACAACAACAAAGAUUCACUAACGACGAUCAGCAUUUGCAACUAGUGCAACAGUCAGAUGACUUGGAUCAGCUACAACAGUUUCAUCAAACUAGCCAGCAGGAUUAUCUUCCUCGACUGGAACAACAAUCAGGACGUCAGAGAUUUCCUGAUGACAGUCAGCAAGUGCAACAGGGGCUACAAACAGGUAACUUGCAAGAGCUAGAACAAAUCCAACAAACAAGUCAACAAGAGUACCUACCACAGACAGAGCAACAGUCAGAACAACAAAGAUUCACUAAUGAUGAUCAGCAUUUGCAACUAGGGCAACAGUCAGAUGAUUUGGAUCAGCUACAACAGUUUCAUCAAACUAGCCAGCAGGAUUAUCUUCCUCGACUGGAACAACAAUCAGGACAACAGAGAUUUACUGAUGACAGUCAGCAACUGCAACAGGGGCUACAAACAGGUAACUUGCAAGAGCUAGAACAAAUCCAACAAACAAGUCAACAAGAGCACCUACCACAGACAGAACAACAGUCACAACAACAAAGAUUCAGUAACGAUGAUCAGCAUUUGCAACUAGGGCAACAGUCAGAUGAUUUGGAUCAGCUACAACAGUUUCAUCAAACUAGCCAGCAGGAUUAUCUUCCUCGACUGGAACAGCAAUCAGGACAACAGAGAUUUCCUGAUGACAGUCAGCAAGUGCAACAGGGGCUACAAACAGGUAACUUGCAAGAGCUAGAACAAAUCCAACAAACAAGUCAACAAGAGUACCUACCACAGACAGAACAACACUCACAACAACAUAGAUUCACUCACAAUGAUGAGCAUCUGCAACUAGUGCAACAGUCAGAUGACUUGGAUCAGCUACAACAGUUUCAACAAACUAACCAGGAGGAUUAUAUUGCUGGAUUGGAACAACAGGCACAACAGCAGAGAUUCAAUGAUGAUGAUCAACAUGGACAACAGGUUUCACAAAUAGAUGAUGUGCAACAGCUACAACAACUAAAUAAUCUGCAAAAAAUCCAAGAAGAAGAUGGGCUGCAACAUCAAGGAUUCACAAAUAAUCUUCAGCAGGUCCAUCAGCAGCACACUGAAGACGAUCUGCAUCAGGGGCACAAAAGAAGCCAACAACACUCAAGAAUACAGCAACAAUCAGUUCAGAGAAAUAGUUAUGUGCAUGAAUCCAAUCAGGACCAACAAGUAAAUGGAAGGCUGUCAGAGUUCGAAACCACACACCAGUCAGAAGCGAACAGUGAUUCAAAACUUGGAAGUGGUAGAGCCAGUGAGAUCAGUGAAACUGAAUCAGACUCUGUAUCUGAUCCUGUGACUGAAGCGCCUUCCUUCUGGGGAAAACUUAGCAAUAAAGCAGGAUCAAUAUAUACAAGUGUUAAGGAGAAAGGAAAGGAAGCUUUGAAUUCAGUAAAAGACACAGCAAAAUCUGCUUAUGAGAAAGUGAAAGAGACAUUUAACUGAAGAAGAUAUGUACUGAUACAGUGCAUCAUUAUCACCACUGCCAUUAUUCUUAUAUAUACAUAAUUCCUAAAUAACUCUCAGUGAAGAAUCCCCAUGGGGCUGUAUUUUGUCAGCAAACAAAUUAGAUUUCCAUUUACAACAUCAUUCUACAAACUCAUUAAAUUCAUGGACUGUCAUCUUUCUCAUUUUGUACAUAUUUUUCUCAAGAUGCUUCAUGUUAUUGUACAUUUUUUAUUUAUUAAUGAGUGUAACAUACAUAAAUAACAUUUUUUUAAAUAAAAUGAAAAUAAAUAUAAA